AUCAUCUAUCAGGGAGAAAAAGCCUUUGUGCGCGGUAGGUAGGAGCUUUUGUGCUCAGCAACUCUGUGAUUUAAUGCAGGCGGCUGAGGAGGGGGUGGAGGUUUCUCUCUCUCUCUCUCUCUCUCUCUCUCUUGGUAAGCAGCAGUACAUUGAGGAGACAGUGUGUGCAGGAGACACAGAUAGGCGUUUAGCUCCAGCUGAAACACGCAGAGUGAUCUCGCUCCUUUCUUCUCUUCUUCUCCUCUCCUCUCCUCUCCUGCGUCGGAACGCAGCACAGAUCAUCAGUCACAAGGACAGGCUGACAGCAAUACACUGGCCAGAUGGAGUUCACUGGAGCUGAGGAGCUGACAGAUGAGGAGAAGGAAAUAAUCAACAGCGUGCUGGCCCGAGCCGAGAUGAUUGAGGCCAUGGAGCAGGAACGGAUUGGGCGUUUGGCCAAUCGGCUGGACACAAUAAAGAGGACGGCAUGCGGUGACGGCUACUCACAAUGCCUGCUCUGCGGCCAGCAGUUCGGCUUGAUGGGAGUCAGCACGGUCAUGUGUGACGAGUGCAAGAAGCACAUAUGCACCAAGUGUGGCAUUCGCAGUAACAGUCGCUCCUGCCCUGUAUGGCUGUGCAAGAUCUGCAGUGAACAAAAGGAGAUAUUGAAGCAGUCUGGUGCCUGGUUCUUCAAGGGGUUGCCACAGCAGGUCUUGCCUGCACCUUUAACCAUUUCAAAGCCGAAACGUUUCAGUGCUACUGACGCACCGGCUCCAUCUGAACCAUCAUCCCAACAGAGCACAACUGCUCAUCCAUAUGUCAACACACAGAAUGAAGCAGAAAUGAAGCCUCCUGAACAAGAAGGGCUGCCUGUCAGCGCUCAGAUCAGUCAAACUCAAGCUCAAUCGGGUGCAGAGAGACAGUCUAAUCUGACAGUGUGGAAAAAAGAAGAAUCUAACAAGAGCGCAAGCUAUCCUUUGCAGCCAUCGUAUCUGAGCUCACUAAUGCAGACAGGAGUCCUUCAGAUGGAGAGUAGGACAUUACCUACUGUGCAGCCUCCAGUUGCAAACAGCACCCACACUCCUGCCACUGCUGAGGAGGUGGAGGACUACGACUCCGACGAUGCCACCACACUGGGGAUGUUGGAGUUUAGUCUGCUCUACGAAGAGGAAAACCACACUUUGCACUGCAAUAUCAUCAGAGCCAAGGGGCUCAAGUCAAUGGACUCCAAUGGCCUUGCCGAUCCAUAUGUCAAACUGCAUUUGCUUCCAGGUGCUAGCAAGUCUAACAAGCUACGCACAAAGACUCUGCGCAACACGCUGAAUCCAUUUUGGAAUGAGACACUGGUCUACCACGGCCUCACCAAUGAGGACAUGCAGAGAAAAACCCUCAGACUCUCUGUGAGCGAUGAAGACAAGUUUGGACAUAACGAGUUCAUUGGGGAAACCCGGGUGGUCCUGAAGAAGCUCAAAGUGAACCAGAAGAAGAACUUCAAUGUGUGUUUGGAGAGAGUUAUUCCGGUGAAGCGAACAGCUGCUGGAGGUGCAGUACGUGGUAUGGCAUUGUAUGAGGAGGAGAUAAACGAGGGUGAUGAUGCAGAGGAGAGAGGACGUAUCCUGGUGUCUCUCACCUACAACAGCCAGCAGAGUCAACUCGUUGUGGGUAUCGUCCGCUGUGCUCAUCUGGCUCCCAUGGACGCCAACGGCUACUCUGACCCUUAUGUCAAGAUUUCCCUGAAACCUGACAUGGGGAAGAAAGCGAAGAAUAAAACGCAGAUCAAGAAGAAGACCCUCAACCCUGAAUUUAAUGAGGAAUUCAGCUAUGAUAUCAAACACAGUGAACUAGCAAAGAAGACUUUGGAUAUCUCCGUCUGGGAUUAUGACAUGGGAAAAUCCAAUGAUUUCAUAGGAGGCUGCCAGCUUGGUAUCACAGCCAAAGGAGAAUGCCUGAAACAUUGGUAUGAGUGCCUGAAGAACAAAGACAAGAAGAUCGAACGCUGGCAUGUGCUGUUCAAUCAAAACAACAUUGAGGCUGAUGACUGAAAUACCCUGAUCUCCAUAUCCUAAUAGAUCUUACUUUGUGACUCUGUACGAUCCUGUCUUCCACCAUUCAUUUUCAUCCCACUGUUAAACUUGCUCCUACUGUGCUAAUUAGCCUGACUUCACUUACGAUAGUGCACUUCUUGCUUCGUGCUCUUACAACGAGCUAUUAUGUAAUUAGUGGUUUAGAUAAUCUUUAACUGUCUAUCUGUAUUGAAUCUAAUCCACUAUCGCAAAGGAAGAUGAGAAAAACCGUGCUACAUUAGGUACUGAGAAAAAUGAAACGUGACGUUAAAUGUGAUGUAAUUACAGUAUUUGAAUUCCCCUAUAUCAUUUCGACUUUAAUAUGACAGAGUGACUGCUCUACUAAAAUGGAUGAAAAUUGUGCACAGUACGUGGUAGAACACAUCAAGCUACAUCUUGUAUACAGGUUGUUCGAUAUUGAUAUUCCCGUACAUUUUUCAAAAUUGUUCCGAUCCAAAAUAGCAUUUUACACUGUAGAAAAACGACGAGGAAACUGAGUAAUAAUUGUUGAUGUAGCCGAGAGUGACAUAUCUAUAUACAGUCCUCUCUGAAAGUAUUGGGACAGCAAGGGCAAUUCUACUUUUUUUGCUAUACAUUGAAGACAUUUAGGUUUGAGAUCAAAAAAUGAAUAUGAGACGAUAUAUCAGGAAUUCAGCUUCUUUUACUGAUAUUUACAUCUAGACUUUUGCUCAACUAAAAUUUUACGUGAGCAAAAGUAUAGGAGCAGAUAGUAAAUUAAUACUUAAAGUUUAGUUGCAUAUUCCCUUGCUUUCAAUAACUGCAUCAAGCAGUCUCCUCUUCAAGAGUUGAAAUACAAGCUGGGUUAAGAUCUGGUGAUUGACUUGGCCAGUCUACAACAUUCUAAUUUUUCCCCCUGAUGAAGUCCUUUGUUGUGUUGGCAGUGCUUUUUGGGUCAUUGUCUUGCUGCAUGAUGAAGUUCCUAACAAUUAGAUUGGAUGCAUUUCUCGAUAAAUUGGAAGGCAGAUGUAGAUUUGUUUCUGUAAACUUCUGAAUUCAUCAUGAGUUACAUCAUCAAUAAAGAAUAGAGAGCCCAUAUUUCAGAAUCAGCCAUGCAAGCCCAAUCCAUAACACCUACCUCCGCUAUGCUUGACAGAUGAGCUUCUAUGUUUUGGAUUAUUAGCAAAGCCUUUCUUUCUCCACACUUUGGCCUUUCCAUCACUUUGGCAGAGGUUAAUCCAAAAUUUUUUGGCUCAUCUCCAUCUACUUCUAAUCUAUUUCCAAUCUGGCCUUCUGAUUCUUACUGCUCAUGAGUGGUUUGCAUCUUGUGGUAUGGCCUCUAUGUUUCUGCACUUGAAGUCUUCUUCAAAUGGUGGCUUGUGAUACCUUCACUCCUGCCAUGUGAAGGUUGCUGUCGAUGUCACUGUUGUUUUUGGGUUUUUCUUCACAGCUCUCACAAUAUUUCUGUCAUCAACUGAUGUUGUUUUCCUUGGCCGACCUGUUCCAUGUCUGGUUGUUAGUACACCAGUGGUUUCCUUCUUUUUCAGGACAUUCCAAAUUGGUGUAUCGGCUAUGCCCAGUGCUUGUGCAAUAUCUCUGAUCGAUUUUUCAGCUUCAAAAAGGAUUGCUUUUCUCCCAUAGACAGCUCUCUGGUCUUCAUGAUGGUUUAUUCUUUUUACCAACAAAUGCAGUCUUCACAGGCAAAACCUA